GCUCGACACCAGCACUACAGCACUGCCCAUGGGACGCUCUCAAGCCAUACCAGCGAACCAGCUACAGAACAGCACUUCCUGUUCUCACCGUCUCGCUCGUCCCUCUCUCAAGAUGCCUCCCAAGAAGAUGCAGUCUCUGUUCGCUGCCAAAUCCAAGCCCGGUGAGAGCCGCAAGCGACUUACACUCACCAACAAGCUGGACCGCAUGUUCGAUCUCCCAAAUACUAACAAGGUCGAGAUCCUCGACAAGCUCGAAGGGGCGGCCAAAGCUUUCCGUGGAAAGCGAUAUCACGCGCCCAGGACCAAAUCUCGUCAGGACCAUCACCGACGCAUGUACAUCGCGUAUUUGGCAUGGAAGAGGAAUGAGGAUCCUGAUUGCCGGAGCGAUGAGAAGUGGGACGAAUGUAAGUUGAGCAAACCAUCCCCAUCUGCAUACCCCCCAAACACUUCACACAUGUCAUGGCACUUGGUGCAGAAACGUGACGAGUCUCUGGCGCGAGCGAUGUUCAGAGACAUUGCAAGUUGGCCCUUUGCCUCUGUGUUCACGGCACACGGUCUGCCACCUGGUCUAGAAAGUCCCAGCUCAAUUCCACAGACUCUCGACAGAGCGCCCUUGCUGACAGCCCUGACAAAAUUAGUCCUCUUUCCCGAAGAUUUUGAAGUCUUGUGGCAGAGUGUAAGGGAAUUCAUGAUCUGGGUCUACCAUCUUGCUUCACCACGAUCUUUGGCUACCGGCGAACGCAUUCAGUAUCGCAGUCUGUGCCACUAUCGCGACUCCAUCAUGUAUCUCGCCUUUCGCUCGUACCGUAUGCGCAGAAUCGCGGCACCUCCACUGCAGACGGCCCACUUUGAGAUGACCGAGGCCAUGAGAGGCGUCGUCGACGAAUAUGGUGAUCCCAACGCAAAACGAGUGCCAAAGACCUACCUGGGCCUCGUUGAGCUGAGACAGCUCAUUGAUCAAGAAAUGCAGACGAAUCGCAGCAUCGAAAACUCCGAGCAGCAUCAGGCCGUUUGGUGCAUCGUUCGGCAUACAUCUGCACGCCCAGGCAGCAUUGGCACAAGUGGCAAAUAUGCUCGCAACCUGCCUCUGCAGUGGCGCAAUGUCGAGUUCUACCGUGGUGACAACCCGGGUGAAUUCACCUGUGUUCUCGAAUUCGACGACAUCAGAAUCAAGCGACCAAGCGACCCAGAGCGGGCUGCUCGUCAUCAGGAAGACGAGACACCGCUGAAAGUGGUGAUGAAAUCACCCCAGCCUGACAACAUCAUCUUCUCGGUUCCACACCGUCUGCUAGUGAUCGCUCUUCGCCGCAAAGCACUACAGGGAAUCGACACCAUCGCAGAGCUGCUUGAGGGUACCCAGCAGCGCAUUCUCGUCAAGGAUGAGUUCAAAGACCAAGCGCUCUUCUACCGCAGCCAGCCCAAAGGCACCGGAAUCGACACGAAGCAACCAUUAAGUGCAAAUGCGAUGACAGAUUACCUCAAGAACCGCGCCAGAACACUAGGCUACACGGGUGCCGUCACCAUGUACUCGCUUCGUCGCAUGAUUGCCACGGAACUAGUCGCUCGCAUCGGUUUUGAGCGCACACGUGUGCUAAUGGGUCACUCUCCCGACUCAACAACCCUUGAACGCUACUACUUCGCUAUGGGCGACAUCUUCGACUCGACAUCUGCUGCUCUCCAGCAACCUCUUGCUGAAGGAGGCAUCUCCGAGAAAAUUGUCAAGGAAUGGGCACCAUUAGCUCUUGGUCGCCUGGAUGAUAUUCAGCGAAACAAUACGCGCGGUCUUGCCUUACGCGCGAUGACCAACCGGCUUAUCAACGACGAUCAAGGCCCACCAGAGAAUCUUGACAGGCCAGAAGUCCGCAAACAAUAUCGUGCUCGAAUGAGGGCAUGCGCGCAAAAGGCGUUGAUGGAGGAACAAGCCAAUAUCGCCAAGAAAACUUUGACCCAAGCUGAGUUUAGAGCUCGCAGGGGUGCAAUGAAUGCUUCACACUUUGCGGAAGCUGUCCUAGCACGUGCACAAGCGAUCGCCAGCUCGCACACUGGGACGCCUGACACGCCAGACGCCGUCGCCGAGACUGACGCGCUAGAGGUGCUGGAGACCGAUGUUGUGGAGGGGGAUCUCGACGCCCUUGCGCAAAAAUAUGUUGAUGAACAGCAGGACAGCAAUGACUCACCGCUUGGCCACGUCGAGAUGGGCAUUGAUCAGGAGCUUGAUCCUGAACCCCAAGAUGAGGAAACUGCUGUUCCCUACAAAGGCGUGGCCGAGGUUUUCAUGGGUGUUCUGAUGGACAACUCUGCAAAUCUCACAGAGGUAUGGUCAGAGAAGUGGAAGAGAUGUCCAGAGUGCUUUCUUGAUCCGACGGUGUCGUACGAGAAGAAGGCUCAGGAGUAUCCCAACAAGACGAAACUGGAACAGCACUUGACGGAGUCCACGUUCCACACUCCCCUCGACAGAAUCCGGCGCGAGCAGAAGAAUUGCCAGGCCGACCACCCGAAGGGCAAGUGGCAAUGCAAGUACUGCCAGCACGCAGAUGAUAUGCCCGAGGAGGAUAAGAAACUCUGUUCCAGCCACAGUCAGCUGACCACACACAUCAAGGACAGCAAUGCUGAGAACACCAGCGCGGAACACGACAGGCUCAAAGCUGAAGAUGGUUGGUAUGACCCCGAUUGGACCCGCCUCAACCCAGCUACGCAAGUCAAAAAGGCACAGGCUGGCAUGAAGAAUCUUAAGACUCUUGGCUUCUCUACGGCCGAGCAGAAGCGUGGCAAUGGUGAGGAUUUCGCUGCCUUCCCUGGCCUUGUACGAGGCACAACGGCCGCACCACUUGCUCGGUUUGGUGACGCAUUCAGUGCGGGGAGCUCUGCUGGCCCAGUUGCAGCAAGUAAGCGUUUCGGUGAUCAGCUCGUCGGCGGUGAGCACAUCAAGUCCGGACUCACGAGCGUGCCUCGCGAACUUCGUGCCGGUUUGAAAUCAGGUGUCAGUCAGCCCGAGGUCGCUGGCCCCGGAGCUCCACUGUCACGCAAGCCAAGCAAAUCGGCACCUUCAGCGUCCAGACAUGGCCCUGCUUCUCGAACGCGGCCUAUGCCCAUAUCCAGCGGUUCAUCGUCCCUCGUCGACGACGACGAUGUUUUCACAGAUCGCGGCCCGAGGGACGAUGACAAUCCAGAAGGUGGAAAGGGGGGAAGAGAGCCUUUUCGUCUCACAAGACACGGACAAUGAAGAUGGGGAUCUCUAACACAGAACAGCAGUCAGGUCCAUUGCAGUUGUUACUUUCGCUCCCAAAGCCCACUGUAGUCUGGAACGGUACACUUUCGCUCGACCAAAUUGUGGUGGAAGAGAGAGGUACUGGUCGAGCGGCUGCGAUUGUCGCUGGCCAUGGCAUGAUGGAUUGCCAUGAAAGGAUUGCUAGGGUCGCAGAGCAUCGGGACACCUGGCAGCUGGAAGCAUAUGCUGCCAUGCCUACAUAUCAUUGUAUCUUAGCAUUAGACAUCUUAUCGGCGCUUGAAGUUCGGUUUCAGCAAUUUAUGCUUCGAUUCACCAUAGAAACUGUAAAACAUACAAAUCCAG